AUCACAGCGCUCUUGCAUAUGGAUGCGCAGGCAUACUCACACGAGUUUCAAGUGUCAAACGGCGGGUCGAGUAGCAUUACUGCGGGGGGUGGGAGUGGGUGCGGGGGCGGUAGCAUGAGCAGCGUGUGCGAGUUAGUGCGGCAACUGUGCAGUAGAUGUGCGAGCGGGUCGGUGCACGCAUACCUGCAGUGGUUAGGCGCCGCUGCCGAGAGAUGGCUCCGCGAUCACAAACCACCCUCUGCUGCGCUCACGCACACGCUCGCAACGGUGCUAUGGAGUUUGAAGGAAGAGAAGAUGUUAGAUAACUUGGAAGAGUUGAUCACCGAUGAUCUUUUCGAACUAGUCUACACUUGGGUGAAAGAUGUUCCUGAAUCCAGUCUCCUGAAAAAAUCCCUUGAUGCCAUUCUGUGUUCGAUGUGCUAUAUUAGGCCGGAGUUAUUUAAAAUGUUAUUAGAGCAAAUGGACAUACCGAUGGACCAGGAAGAGAGUAUGGAGGGUUUGACAGAUGAUACAAAGGUGUCAGCGGUACCAGUAGCAGAGUCCAAUGAGUGCGACAGUAGCGUGGCGUGGCGAUUACGCGGAUGGCAAUUGCAAAGCGUGGCUGCGGCGGCAAUGUCACCAGCUGCCACCUCAGCAUUAUUACGCUCCAAAUUGCCCGCCGCGGUUGUACGUGCACUUUCAGAAUUUAGUGAAGCAAAGCUGGAGAUAAUUAAAAAGCAGUUAAGUUCUGAAGAAGACGUUACCAUGGUUGAUUUAGAAAAGGAAGACAGAAAUCAGACUAAUCCAGAAUUGCCAUCAAUGAAGAAUGUUUGUCAACUGGUAGAGUUCCUGCGAGCGUUAUGUUCUGAUCGACGAUUGAAGGACUGGUUAGGUACUGCAGGCUCAUGCUUCUGGCAACCGUUGCUCAUGUUACUCUGUUACCCUAGACCAGCAGAGAGCACGUGGCAAGAAGGCGCUCAGUAUGCACAGUUGGAGGAAAACACGAUACGUUUGUUUGCAGAACUAAAUGUUUGUCACCCAGCUAAUCAAAAGUUAUUUGCGCAUACGUUACAUAAAAUACUUGAAUCACUACACUGUACAGGCCCUGAGGGCAUAUCUGGUUUCACUCGUGCGCUAAUCCUGCGAUUGGUGGUGUCUGGAGAGCGCGUGCGUGUGGCUUUAGUGUGGGGCGGUGCGUCACGCGCACGCGCACUCCCCCCUCAUCCCGCCGCUCGGGCGCGUCAUACGCUCACACUACCAUUGACCACUACUGUAAGAGCUCUACUAGCAGAACAUCGCCCGCCGCUGCCCAUAGUGGAUGACGCAGCCAAGAUGUGUGUGAACCCGUCAUCAGGCGGUGUUGGGUCUUUACUCCGCAGUGCGUCAGACACUGCCAUCAUGACUGUGGCAGAGGCGUGGGAACUCAGCCUCGCUGCCGCUAGCGCCUCUAAGGACAAACGAGUCAAAGACGUGAAAAACACUUCGCUCAAACAACAAAAUCACAAGAAGAGACAACUGAAGAACAAUAAUGAACCCUCUGUGCUCUCAGUUACGGAUGAAUUAAUAGAAACUACGAUACGUGUACAAGUGCCUGGCCUCGAAGGGUUCAUUCCUGGCCACACAACGCUAGCACAGUUAGUAGAAGCUGCACCUCACGUGUUCGGGCCACAUCUCACACUCACUCUACAUCUAAAUACCGAUGGAGAGGUAUGGUCAGGCCCGACAUGGGAGGGUGGCGGCGGGGUGGACAGUGCUCGCAGCCGAUGUAGCGGCGUGGUGCUGCGAGAGUUCGGUGCGUGUGGUGGUCUCGCCCUGGUAGCGGCGCGGCUGCCGCGACCCCACGCGCCCCCGCUCGCGCCCCCCGCUGCACCACACCACCACGACUUUGACUGGGUGAAACUCGACGAUCCCUACGAAGAGGUGGUGGAGCUGGGCGUGAGCUCGGGCAGUAGUGCACUAGGGGGCGAGGAGGCGGGAUGUGCGGGGGUGCCGGCACACGCGCUAGCCGCGUUGGGCUUGCUAUUGAAGCUGCCGCGGUAUGCUGAUGCGCUGCUAGAUGAAGGCGCACGGGCUGUACAUCUGUUGAGACUGUUGCUCGGCGUUACGCACACAGAGGACGGACGUAGCAUAGUAGUGAGCGGCGGCGGCGGCGGUGGUAGUUCGGGCGGUUGGUCGCUGGGCACGCUACCGUUCCUGGUGGUGUCGCGGUUGUUGGAAGGCGCUGGAGAGGUUUCCAGCGCGGAAGCACAGGCACUGCGCCGUGCGCUGCUCGCGCUCGGGGCCGUGCGUCUCGUGCUCGCUUGUCUUGCCGUUUUCACCCACCACAGACCCGCCUCCAGCGACAACAGUCAAGCGUCGAAUGGCUCAUCGGGAGGUAAAUCAGAGGAAAAGAGCCAACUGUAUUGGGCGAAGGGCACAGGUUUUGGUACCGGAUCUACACAACAGUCGUGGAACGUCGAACAAGCGUUAGUACGCCAACGGACGGAGGAGGAACACGUUACUGUAUUACUACAGGUUUUAGCAUCAUACAUGAAUCCCGGCGAAAAGUGGCCGCCCGAAGAGAAUUCGACAGAGGAAGAUCCGCCUCCUCCUCCGAUAUCUGUUUCACCGGACGGUGUUGAUGUCAUUGACACCGAGCCCCACCAUUUGCCCCUAGAGUUCAUAGAUCUCGUGGCCGGCAGUUCCUUAGUUCCCGCUAUCUGCUCUUACCUUAGAAACGACUCGGUGUUGGACAUGUCGCGGCACAUCCCUCUGUACGUGUGCGUGUUACGGUGUGCGCGUGCGCUUCUUGCGUUGCGUUCGCGACGAUUACAAACGGCACUGCGUCCAUUGCCGCGGCUUCUGCAUCAGAUGUCUCGCACCACCAAUUCAUAUGCUGCCAAGCUUAGAAUGAGUAAAAAGAAUUUAUUCGGUAAAAUGACAUAUAGCCAAAGAUUUAGUACGUCAAGUAAUUCAGAAUUAUCAGAAGAGGAUGAAGGACUGGCUGCACUUAUAGCCGAUAUUCAGGCGACAUCAGCGUUAGUAUGUCGAUCGGAGGGUGAUGGAGGCAGUGAAGUGGGCGGAGUGCCGCGUGCCCUCAGCGGCGCCACACGGGAAGCGCGGUAUAUCGAACUCAUGCGCACUAUGCAGUUUGAGACUUUCGAGAUGAUAGCGGAGUGUCCGGAGAGCGGGUUCAGGUUCACGGUGCCGUAUCACUUCGAGGGUGCUGUCAGAGCGGCCGGUGCACGUGCGGCGCCCGCGCGUAUGAAGCGGCUAGCACAGGAGGCCGCCACGCUCGCUACGUCACUGCCGCUAUCAUACUCAUCUUCGGUAUUCGUGCGCACAGAUACAGAUCGGCUCGACGUUAUGAAGGUCCUUAUAACUGGUCCAUCGGAUACGCCAUACGCCAACGGCUGUUUCAUCCUCGACGUGUACUUCCCCGCGGAGUAUCCGGCGGUGCCGAUGCUAAUAAACUUGGAAACGACCGGCCGCCACUCGGUGCGGUUCAACCCUAACCUAUACAAUGACGGCAAAGUGUGUCUCUCCGUACUCAACACGUGGCACGGCCGGCCAGAGGAGAAGUGGAAUGCGCAUACUUCUAGUUUUCUACAGGUGCUGGUAUCGAUUCAAUCGUUAAUCCUUGUGCCCGAGCCUUAUUUUAAUGAGCCCGGAUACGAGCGCAGUCGCGGCACGAGCGUGGGCACCAGUGCGUCACUGGAGUACAACUCCAACAUUUACCAGGCGUGCGUGCGCUGGGCCAUGCUCGACCAUCUGCGCAGUCCAGAACCGUGCUUUAAAGAGGUGAUUCAAACCCACUUCUGGAUCAAGCGCAAUGAGAUCAUGCAGACAGUAGCUAACUGGAUCACUGAGUUGGAGGGGCAAAGUGGCGACGAGCGUACACAGCGAACCAUACAGCUCAACCUCAUGGCGCUCAAGCGUCACUACGUAAAGCUGCAGGAAGAGCUAGGUCGACUGUCGGCGCCGCGCGGUCUCGAAGAGCUGGACGAACCGUUCCGGUUACCGGAAGCGCCCGGUCCGGCGCCGCCGCCAGAUGACAUAGAUCACGACAUGGAGAAGAUCGUCUCCCAGGUGCUAGACUGAUCCGGCCUGCGGGCCCCCGUUGCUCUCACGCACUAGCUAUCGACUCGGUGGGACCUGUUUAGUUUAACACUUAUUGUGAUACUAUAAUGGGCCCGCGCGGCGCCCGGUAAGCUGUUUAGAUUAUGUACAGGGCGCGCCGACACGUCUCGAGCGAUCCCGCCUCGGUCCACGAUUAAAUAUAAUUUGAUUGUAUAUAAACUCUGGUAUCGUUAUUUUAAUUUAUCCGCUUUGAGAAUUAUUAAUAUUAUUAUUAUUACGCGUAUACUAAUUUCGCUCUUGAAGAGUAUGAGGAUGUGUAGUCAAUUGUUGUAUCGAACGACGUCACGUCCUCGUUAGUAGAAUUAUGUAUGGGCCUAGCCUUUCGCGAUUUUUAACGAUUAUGUUUAUGUAAAUGAAUUGACAAUAAUAUGAUUUAAUCAAUAUUCGCGCUAGACGCGCACCCGCCGGCGGGGUCGGCGCAAUUAAUUACGUCAUAUACAUUGUGAAUGAUUGUAUAUAAAAAUCAUUAGUGAGGCCGAGGGGGUAUUCUCGUUGUAAUUUCAUUGAGAAGUCGGUUGAUGUAGGAAGUUUCUUGUUAUAUUUGACUGUGAAUUUCGGAAUGUAAAUAAAAAUUUAUGUUAUCUC